AUGGCGAACCCAGAGAGCCGCCCUCAGCCUCCGGACGGCGGUUGGGGCUGGAUGGUGGUUCUGGCCGGGUUCAUCGUCAGUGGCUGCACGGCCGGAAUUUUCCGCUCUCUCGGGGUCUUCUUCCUGACGUUCAGCCAACAGUUUCACGCCAGCUCCGCGGAGACGGCGUGGAUAAGCUCCAUCCUGAUGAGCGUUACGCUUUUCCUAGCUCCGGUUGGCACUGCCUUGGCGAGCACCAUAGGUUUCCGCCCGACCAUCAUGUGGGGAGGGGUGCUCUCAGCAGCCGGCUACAUCAUCAGUGGUUUUGCAACCCGCAUGUUUCACUUGUACUUGGGAAUUGGCUGUCUGACAGGCCUUGGAUACGCCCUCACUCUUAGUUCUGCUACGGCGAUUGUCGGGCAGUAUUUCACCAAAAGACGAGCCAUGGCCAACAGCCUGACCGUGGUUGGAGCUAGCGUUGCCUCCAUGUCGUUUCCGCCACUUUUCCAGUACCUGAUGGACGAGUUCGGUUGGAAGGGCGCUCUGCUUAUUAUAGGCGGCAUGAUGCUGAAUAUGAUUGUAGCCGGAGCCUUGAUCAGACCUCUCGAAGCUUACAGAGACAGGAAGGUCGACAAUGGUCCUGGAGAAAGCAGAAUGAACGACUCAGACACAGUCUUGGAACCUGGCACGGCAAAGAAGUGUUCGUCAGCUGCGACAAAUUUUCUAAAAACGUUUUGGGCACAGAUGGACUUUAAGGUGAUCUUGAUACCUUCCGUGGCCCUGUUCUUGGCGUCCUUGUUCAUGAUGCAGUUUUGCCUCCUCGUACCAGGGCUGUACAUCAUCCCUCGCGCCAAGCAGCUUCAGAUCGAGGACUACGCGGCGGCGUCCCUUCUCUCAGUCAGUUCAAUCGCAGACUUAGUCAGUCGGCUAGCAGUCGGGGCCAUCCCGGACAACCCACGUUUCAGUCGGUUUGACCAGUACGGACUGAGUCUGUGCCUGUUGGGCAUCACCAACCUCCUGUCUCCCCUCGCCAAGACGUACCCGGCGCUCGUGGCGUACGCUAUCGCACACGGGGCGUUCUACGGCGCGUUCAUUCCGACAUCACUGACCUGUCUGGCCGAACUGGUUGGCCCGAAGCGUCUCCCCAGUGCAAUUGGAAUCCUGAUGUCAAUUCAGGGGUUUGCGUCGCUGGCUGGGCCACCGUUUGCAGGCUGGCUGUUCGACGAGACCCAAAGUUACGACGCCACGUUCCUCCAAGCAGGCGCCGGUUUCCUGCUGGCCGGGCUCUUGCCGUUCCUCCUGCGGCUCAGGAAGAAACGGCCGGCGGACACGACGGAGGAGCCGAAGGACUCACCACAAACAGUGAAGGGGGACUUUGAGAAUGAGACUUUAUUGGUACCAGAACGUGAAACUGUCGUGUGA